UUGCUUUUUUGUUGUUUCUAUUUUUGGGUGAGAGGGGGCAUUUGAGGAUUGUUCUUAGGUUUUCAAGGGUUUUGACAAAAACUUCAGUUACCUUGUGGUGAAGGUCUGUUGAUGGCGCUUCUCAGAUUCAAAUUCCCUCAUCUACAGUGACUUUCUCCAAAUGGUGAGAAGAUUGGAAAAAAAGGGCAUAGCUGCGUGAGGAGAAACGCAUAGAGGAGACGUGUAGGAAUAUUAUGGAGUGCAAUAAGGAUGAGGCCUCUAGAGCGAAAGAUAUUGCUGUGAGGAAGUUCAGAGAGAAAGACUUUUUGGGUGCAAAGAAAUUUGUUUUAAAGGCCCAAAAUUUGUAUCCUGGGCUUGAGGGUCUUUCUCAGAUGUUAACUAUACUUGAUGUGUACAUCUCAGCUGAGAAGAAAGUAAGUGGAGAAGUGGAUUGGUAUGGGAUACUUGGUGUAAGCCCCUUGGCUGAUGAGGAGACUGUGAAGAAACAAUACAGGAAGCUGGCUCUUAUACUUCAUCCUGAUAAAAACAAGUCCAUUGGUGCAGAUGGUGCAUUUAAGCUUGUUUCAGAGGCCUGGAGUUUAUUAUCCGAUAAGGGCAAGAGAUUAUCAUAUAACCAGAAGAGGGAUGUGAAAGGAUCGCAGCAGAAAGUUCCUAGCCAGAAUGGGGUUCCAUCCGCACCUGCUAGUGCAAAUGGUGUUCACAAUUUUACCAGUGGUGUGGCUUCCAAUGCAAGGACUCAUAGCAAUGCCAAUCGUCCGAGCCCCACCUCGGUUCCUUCUCCAUCCCAUAGAAGAACUGAUACCUUCUGGACUGUUUGCAAUCGAUGCAAGACACAGUAUGAAUAUCUCAGGAUUUAUCUCAAUCACACUCUGCUUUGUCCCAAUUGUCAUGAGGCGUUUUUGGCUUUGGAGAAGGCUCCACCUUCAAAUGUUCCAAAAUCAUCCAAGUGGUCUUCCCGCCAGCAUCCUCAGAGUUCAAAUCAUUUUGUCUCAAACAAUAACUCAUUCCAGACAGACUUCCAGUGGGAUACGCACUCUAGAACAGCGGGUGUAGGUGGCGUGGUUGGAUCAGCUUCCUCUGCUGCUCAAGCUGCAAGUGAGAAAAAGAAGAGAGGUCGUGAGGAAGUACAAGCUUCUGGAUGGGAGAGGGGCCAUUCUAAGAAUAUGAGUGGUUCAUCUUCCGGGCAUCCUAGUUCCAAUUCUACUUCUGUUCUCAAAGGGGAAAAAACAUUGAAAAAGAGAAGAAUAGAUGAUGAUGGCACCAAUGGUUAUGGAGGGAACAUUGUAAAUCAAACAGCCACUGGAAAUGGAGGAACCGGUGCCGUGGGCACAGCUGGAUUAAGAAAGGGCAGUUUUGAAACAGAAAGGGUUUAUGGUGUUCCUGGGACUAAUAAUAAGCCCAAUAGUUAUAAAGAGAUGUCACUGUUUGAAAUUCGGAAUAUGCUGAUGGAAAAGGCACGGAAAGAAAUUCGCAAUAAACUUUCAGAAUGGAGCUCAACAGCUGCAGCCAAGGCUGGGAACAAAGAAAAAGAGAAGGUGAAACUGAAAGAAAAACAAAAAGGUGCAGUGAAUGGUGAUGGUCCCGAUCCAAAUAAAAAUUCCAAGAAAAGAGACCAAGCUAAGAAGUUUUCUCCUGGCACUUCAGCUGCUGAUACAGAUAGCGAGGCCCCUGCGCCUAUGGCAAUCAAUGUUCCAGAUUCUGAUUUUCAUGAUUUUGAUUUGGACCGAACUGAAAGUUCCUUUGGAGAUAAUCAGGUCUGGUCCGCAUAUGAUGAUGAUGAUGGGAUGCCUCGGUUCUAUGCACUGAUUCACAAAGUGAUCUCUUUGAAACCAUUCAAGAUGAAGAUCAGUUGGCUUAACUCUAAAAGCAACAGCGAAUUUGGUUCAGUAGACUGGAUAGGUUCUGGCUUUACCAAAACUUGUGGGGAUUUUAGGAUUGGGAGGCAUGAAAUCUAUGAUUCACUAAAUUCUUUCUCACACAGGUUGGUUGAAUGGACAAAAGGUACACGUGGGGCCAUUCGCAUACUUCCUAAAAAGGGGGAUGUCUGGGCCCUUUAUAGAAACUGGUCCCCAGAUUGGAAUGAAAAUACUCCGGAUGAAGUGAUACACAAGUAUGACAUGGUGGAAGUCCUUGAUGACUAUAAUGAGGAUUAUGGUGUAUCUGUUACUCCUCUCAUCAAGGUUGCUGGUUUUAGAACAAUAUUUCACAGGCAUGAGGACCCCAAGGAAGUCAGGACAGUUCUGAGAGAAGAGAUGUUUUGUUUCUCUCAUCAGGUUCCUAACCGCUUGCUUACAGGCCAAGAAGCUCAAAAUGCUCCAAAGGGUUGCCGUGAGCUAGAUCCUGCAGCUACCCCUUUAGAACUUCUUCAGAUAAUUACAGAAGCUACUGAGGCACCGGUUGUGAAUGUUGGAAAGGAUGAGGAAGGGAGGUUGCAAAGUGCCCAGCAAAUUAAGCUAGACAAAAUGGUGGACUAUGCUGCAAAAUCUAAUGAUGGGGAGAUUGUAGAGAACAGUGAACAAAUCAAGUCAGAAGAGAUAAUGGGGCAUGCCAAAGUAGCCAGGGAAGCAGGUGGUGGAUAAUGCUGAAAAGGCUAAUUAGAAUGCGGCAAGUGCUAUUGGCAUGCCUAUCUAAUUCUGUUCUUUUGAUAUUGCAAGCCUGACUGACAUUGAAGAAAUUGAUUUCUUGUUGCCAAGUUGGAUCCAAAAUGAUCUAGCAUUCUUGGGUUUUUUGUGUCCAUAGUAUUUAAAACUGCAAAUGCAUGACCAUCCUCAAAGUAAGUCUAACUCAGUUUUGUCUGCAAACUGGAGAUAGUUUAGAAGAUGAAGGUGCAUGAUUCUUCAGUGUUAUAGAAGAGAAAGGUGAAUGCUUCCCUACUUACUGGAUCUCCCUUUAAGUUUAGGGGGUGUAUAUAUACAUAUAUUUCCUGCUGGAGCUGAUUGUAACCCACAAAAACUGUCUUCUUUCAGUUGCAGCUUUGCAUUUUAGCCUAUGAACGGGCUAUUAUCUUGUUCUUUUACAAUGAUCUGAUCCAAUCAAUUUCCUUUUUCUGCAUUGAAACUUGCCGACAUUGCCCCCCCUCUCCCACUUUUUUAUUUCUUUCUUGUCCUCUAUAGCCAUUUGAAGACAUGUUUCAUGUUCUACAGAUGAAAUCAAGUGGUGAAUUAGUGAUCUCAGUUUGUUGUUUGAAUUAUGGGUAUUAUUGUACUAGGGUCAACCUUUUGACCCCUUCAAUUGUUUUUGGUUCCAUGAUGGAUCUUAUAAACGACAAUUUUAAUGUUACUUCACUGCAUUGAUCUUU